CCCGGGCGGCUGUCGCGGUCCGAUGACGCAAGCGGGAGCGCGGCGCGCGGCGCGGCCUGUCCGCCAUGUCGAAGACCGUGGCCUAUUUCUACGAUCCGGACGUGGGSAACUUCCACUAUGGCGCGGGGCACCCCAUGAAGCCGCAUCGCCUGGCGCUCACACACAGCCUGGUGCUGCACUAUGGCCUCUACAAGAAGAUGAUCGUGUUCAAGCCAUACCAGGCAUCCCAGCAYGACAUGUGCCGCUUCCACUCCGAGGAUUACAUCGACUUCCUGCAGAGGGUCAGCCCCAACAACAUGCAGGGCUUCACCAAGAGCCUCAAUGCCUUCAACGUGGGUGAUGACUGCCCGGUGUUUCCAGGCCUCUUUGAAUUUUGCUCUCGUUACACUGGGGCCUCUCUGCAGGGAGCAACACAGCUGAACAACAAGAUCUGUGACAUUGCCAUUAACUGGGCAGGGGGCCUCCAUCACGCCAAAAAGUUUGAGGCUUCGGGUUUUUGUUACGUCAAUGACAUCGUUAUCGGCAUCCUGGAGCUGCUCAAGUAUCACCCCCGUGUGCUGUACAUUGACAUCGAUAUCCAUCACGGGGACGGGGUGCAGGAGGCUUUCUACCUCACAGACCGUGUCAUGACAGUGUCAUUUCACAAAUAUGGCAACUAUUUCUUCCCUGGCACAGGUGACAUGUAUGAGGUUGGUGCAGAGAGUGGCCGUUACUAUUGUCUCAACGUGCCCCUACGAGAUGGCAUCGAUGACCAAAGUUAUAAGCACCUCUUCCAGCCAGUCAUUAACCAGGUGGUAGAUUACUAUCAGCCCACCUGCAUAGUCCUGCAGUGUGGUGCCGAUUCUCUGGGUUGUGACCGGCUGGGAUGUUUUAACCUCAGUAUAAGAGGCCAUGGGGAAUGUGUGGAGUACGUGAAGAGCUUCAACAUCCCCUUGCUGGUGCUGGGAGGAGGAGGUUACACAGUCCGGAACGUGGCACGCUGCUGGACUUACGAAACGUCCUUGCUCGUAGAUGAACCCAUUAGUGAUGAACUCCCAUACAGUGAGUACUUCGAGUAUUUCGCUCCAGACUUCACCCUUCACCCUGAUGUCAGCACAAGGAUUGAGAAUCAGAACUCCAGGCAGUACUUGGAUCAGAUCAGGCAGACGAUAUUUGAGAAUCUGAAGAUGCUAAAUCACGCUCCCAGCGUGCAGAUCCACGAUGUCCCCUCAGAUCUGCUCAGCUAUGAUCGCACAGAUGAGCCCGAUCCAGAGGAAAGGGGCUCUGAGGAAAACUACAGCAGGCCUGAAGCUGCCAACGAGUUUUACGACGGUGACCACGACAAUGACAAAGAGAGUGAUGUGGAGAUCUGAGGGCUCUGUGUGGGCUCUGGACUGCGGGGCCUCCCGCCUUGGACAUGGGUGCUUGGAGCACAGAACUGGGCCCUGGAGGAGCCAGUUGAACCCUCCCUUCAUCUUGGAUUGCAUGUGGUGGCARCAGAGACAGCCCCACUGCAGGCUCCUGCCACCUGGAGAGGCACAGAGGUGACAUGUGUUCCUUGCUUGCCACCACAUCCCAGUUCCGGCUGUCACCGCUCUGGGAAUGGAACCCGUGCUGUGUGCUGGCUGGCAGCCAUGUGACUGCCCUCAGAGGCUGACCCACGCUCCAGAUUCCCAGGCAGGCUCCUGCUGGCCAGGUGGGAGCUACAGGAGUUGUGCCUACGAUCUCUGCCUCUCUCCAGCAGCUCUGGAUCCAUCCUGCUGUCCCCACCUUCAGGCAGGUACCACCCCAUGUCCUCUGCAGCCUGCACUGAGAGCUGCUUCUGAUGUCCCUUGUAACCAGCUGCUGCUCCACAGCUCCAGGAAUUAUUGCAGAAGGCCRGGCCAAUUGUGGGGUAGGGGUUGGGAUGUCCCUGGAGCAGGGAGCAGCUCGAUGGAGUGGAUGGAAGGAUGUGUGCAGAGCAUUGUUCCUUCCCCCACACCCAGAUCUGCAUUCACAAACGAGUUCUGCAACACUUUGAGUUGCACACGACCUCCUUGUUGUGUUUAUUCCUUGAGAGGCUUAAAUCCCUGUGGAACAGCGGUUUGGCUGCCCAGGUCAGUACUUAGUGUGUCCUGCACCUCUAAAGUAGUUUCCAGCUGUCUUUCCCCAGUUCACACAAGGUCCUCCUGUGUGUCWGCAAGAGAUUUGCUCUGAGUGGAARCUGUUCCCUUGGCUGUACCCAGCAAGAUGUUGCUCCUGGGUGAGGGAAGCUGCUCCCUCCAAGUGCUGUGUUCUUGCCCUGACACAGCAGACAUUUCUCAUGGCCAUCCCUCAAAUCCCAGACUUGGCUGCUCCUCCUCCCGAGCCCUCCCCUGGUACCUGUGGUGGUUUGGAACAUGCUGUUUGGGGGGGUAGGAGGGUCCAGCYUCUGUACGGUUCUGUUUGUUUACUGAUGUCUUUAAACAUUAAAGAAGAGGCAGUAUUUUUCUUACCUGA